GCUCGCCUGUGUCUUUAAGAAAGUAAGGUGGGAGAGCCCCCGUGUCCCGACGCGCUGCUCGGUAUGCAAACAUAAAUUUAGCAGCAACGUGUUUGCAGCGGGAACUAAAUAUCUGGAAGCGGCCGUGAGGUGUCAUGUGCGCUUUCGGCCGACUCUGAGCCGUUUUCCUCCGCGUGGACGCUGGGGGAAGCAGCCGCGCGGGACCCUCCUUCUCCUACUUUCUGCUCGGAGCGCGCGCGCGCGCCUCUGUCAGCGCUUUGAAAUUACGUUGAACUUGCCCGAGAUGACUGAAAGCUGCAGCUGGACGUGCGUGCUGCUUCUCCUCGCUGUGUACUUGAAGGUCGCCGUGUGGGCCACCGACAGUGACGCCGUGUUUAUCAGAGAGUUCACAUUGAUUCGGAGAGAUCCUGAAGAGGGACUCCAUGAUGGCCACAAGCAAGAAGACCCGAGCUCCCGGACGGCCCGGUCAGAGGAGGACAGGGACACGCUGUGGGAUGCCUGGGGGUCAUGGAGCGAGUGCUCUAGGACUUGCGGCGGUGGAGCCUCCUACUCCCUCAGACGAUGCCUCAGCUCCAAGACCUGCGAGGGGCAGAAUAUCAAAUAUCGCACAUGCAGUAAUGUGGACUGUCCUCCGGAUGCCGGUGACUUCCGAUCCCAGCAGUGCUCAGCUCAUGCGGACGUUCCAUACCAGGGUCAGUUCCACGAGUGGCUGCCUGUGUACAACGAUCCGGACAACCCGUGCUCACUGAAGUGCAGAGCCAAGGCCUCGGGCCACAUGGUGGAGUUGGCGCCCAAAGUACUAGACGGAACACGCUGUUACACAGAGUCUCUGGACAUGUGUAUCAGUGGAGUCUGCCAGAUUGUAGGCUGUGAUCAUGAGCUGGGGAGCACAGCCAAGGAGGACAACUGUGGCAUCUGCAACGGGGACGGCACAUCAUGCAGGCUUGUGCGAGGGCACUACAAAUCCCAGCAUGCUUCUGGAAAAACCGAGGACACAGUGGUCAACAUUCCCUUCAAAAGUCGACACGUUCGCCUGGUCCUGAAAGGCCCGGAUCACUUGUAUUUGGAGAGUAAGACUCUACUGGGGGCAACAAGUGAACUAAUGCUGGACAAAUCGGGGCAGUUCUUCCUGGACAACACCACCUUGGACUACCAGAGGUUUUCGGAUAAAGAGAUCUUGAGAAUGACUGGUCCACUUGGAGCUGAUUUUACAGUAAAAGUGCAGUUAUCCAAUGGAGCAGACAGUGUUGUUCAGUACAUCUACUAUCAGCCAAUUAUCCACCGCUGGAGAGAAACGGACUUCUUUCCUUGUUCUGUCACAUGUGGAGGAGGCUACCAGCUGACAUCUGCGGAGUGCUUUGAUCUCAGAAGUGGCCGUGUGGUUGUCGACCAGUAUUGCCUUUACUACCCUGAAAAUGUUAAGCCUAAACCCAAGUUACAAGAAUGCAACAUGGAGCCCUGCCUGGACAGCGAUGGCUACAAAGAAAUCAUGCCAUACGAUCUCUACCACCCUCUCCCUCGAUGGGAGAGUAGCCCCUGGACAGCCUGCUCCAUGUCUUGCGGUGGGGGGAUCCAGAGUCGUUCAGUAUCAUGUGUAGAGGAAGACAUGCAGGGAACCAUCACCCUCACAGAGGAGUGGAAAUGCCUCUACUCCUCCAAGACGUCUAUCCUGCAGCCAUGCAACACGUUUGAUUGCCCCUCAUGGACUGCCCAAGAGUGGUCACCUUGCACAGUGACGUGCGGACAGGGCCUGCGCUACAGAGUCGUUUUAUGCAUCGAUCACCGCGGCGUCCAUGCUGGAGGAUGCAACCCCACCACCAAACCCCACAUCAAGGAGGACUGUCUGGUCACAGUGCCCUGCUACAAGUCUAUAGAUACGCUUCCUGUUGAGGCCAAACCUGCAUGGCACAAGCAGGCAAUAGAGCUGGAGGAGGUGGUGACCGCGAGCGAGGAGCCAACCUUUAUUCCGGGUCCCUGGCAGCCCUGCAGUCGGACCUGUGGCGCCGGGACGCAGCAGCGAACCGUCAAGUGUCAGGUGCUGCUCUCCUUCUCCCAGACUGUUGCUGAUCUGCCCGAUGACGAAUGCGAGGGAACCAGACCUACUUCCAGCCAGCCUUGCUACCGCACUCCCUGCCCUGGAGGUGAAAGCAAGGAGGAGGAAAAGGAGGAGGAGGAGGAAGAGAAGAGGGGGGACAGGACGCCACAAAAGGAGGAACUACACGACUGGGAGUAUGAGGGAUUUACGGAGUGUUCCGAAAGCUGUGGCGGAGGGGUGCAAGAAGCCGUGGUGAACUGCCUGAACAAGCAGACCCGGGAACCAGCAGAGCACAGCCUUUGUGUGAGCUCCCGCCGGCCCCCACAGCUCCUACAGGACUGUCAGACCCAGCCCUGCCCGCCCAGGUGGAAAACCGGAGAGUGGAGCUCCUGCUCUGCAACCUGUGGGGUUGGUCUGAUGACGCGUGCUGUGGCGUGCACUCAUCGACCGUUUGCCGACAGCAACCGCACGGUGAUUCUCGGGGAGGGGGACUGUCACCUCCCCAAGCCCAGUCCUGUCCAAGCCUGCAAUCGCUUUGAUUGUCCUCCUCUGUGGGACCUGCACCCCUGGGGACAGUGCUCUCAGAGUUGUGCCGGUGGGGUUCAGAGGAGGCGGGUGCUGUGCAAACAGCGGCUGGCGGACGGCAGUGUCAUGGAGCUGCCCGACUCCUUCUGUCCCUCCAGGAGGCCUCCAAGCCAACAGCAAUGCGAAAAACAGGACUGUCCAGCUCAAUGGAUCACCACUGACUGGUCUCAGUGUUCAGUGACUUGUGGACAUGGCAUUCAGGCUCUACAAGCUGUCUGUAGGAAACUGGGAGCCAACCGACAGUACGUGACCGUAGACCUCAAAAACUGUUCCAAGUUGACCAAGCCCUCGCGAUUCCGACCCUGUUUUCCCAGGAAUUGUGAAGUUGCAGACUCACUGAGGCCGGAUCCCAUCAUGCUCCCCUUGAAGAAGGUCUACAUCCAGUGGAGGAAGGGCAAAAGGGUGCACCUGGUGGUUGGAGGUUAUGCUUACCUUCUGCCUUGGACAACUUUAGUCCUUCGCUGCCCAUCGGGAAGCUUCCGUAAAGGUCACAUUCGGUGGCUGAAGGAUGGAAAGCCUUUGGUGAAUCUGUCUGUAACUUCCCAGGGAUACAUGAAGAUUCAGCAGGUUCAGCCGUCUGAUGCGGGGGUGUAUACGUGUGUCACCGGCCAGGCUCAGGAGCAUUUCGUUCUUCUUAUAAUCGGCAGCAAGCAAAAACUUUUUGCUCCAGAGUCUUUGCUGCUCGGAAGUAGUAAAAAUCGGCGUCCAGCGUCACCAAGAGGAGGUCUUCAGGAGCCACCGGUCUCCCUAAAUAGAUAUGACAACCUGGUAGAGCUCCUGCUUGGACUCAAAAGCUCUUCCCAAAAUGAGAAAUACCUUGUGAGCAAGCCCCACUGGAGUCAGAUAAACAGAUCGACGGUGGAGGAUGGAAGAAGCUCAGAGUUUUCCAUCCCAGUGCUGCUCACAGCCGAUAGCCAGAGGCUGGAUGAGCUGAUGCAGGACUUCUCUGAAGGCCUCAGAGGAGCUCAAGCUGAACGUCUUGUUCAGCUGCUGAGUGAGCUCAUCACGACACAAGGGGAGACCAACGAGUCUACCCUGCAUCCUAUGGAAAGAGCGACGUCUUCCACGCAAGGCCCGAUGGUUUACAAACCCAACAUCAAAGCCCACAUCUCCAGAGCUAAAAUCCCAGUGAUAAUCCAGAGGCCAAAGAAGGUUGGGGUGUCGCCCGCGUCUGACUCUGUCAUUUAUGUGGGAGCACCGGUCGUGCUGCAGAAAGCUGCUGCUACUUUGGAGUUAAGGUGCGAGGCUCUAGGGGAUCCUCAUCCAUCCGUGACAUGGACCAAAAACGGAAAAGAGGUGCAGCUGAGCAGCAGAGUAGAGCUGUUACCCAGCAGCUCUCUGAGGAUCCAGUCCCCUAGUAAAGGAGAUGAGGGUCUGUAUACCUGCACAGCCAGAAACCAUCUUGGAAGCGCGUCUCUCUCAUCCUACCUGCAAAUGACAAGUGGAAAAGGAAAAAACUGUGUCCACAGCAACAGGACGGGAGGAUCUGGGUCUGUUUGUUCAGAGAGGAGUAACAGGAGCCAGGCCGCAGAGCUGUGCGCAGGACAAGGCUGCCACCUCAGGUGGCAUCUGGACGCUUGGUCGUCUUGCUCCGCCUCUUGUGGAGGUGGAUCCCAAACCAGGAGGCUUCGCUGCUUGAAGGGGCGUUCCAGGGAGGUGGAGAUCCGGCAGUGCCUUUUGGCGGGAAGGAGACCCACUAAUACGAGGCUUUGCAACGUGGGUCCCUGUGCCAGAUGGGUCACCGCCUCCUGGGGUCCAUGUCAUGGACAGUGUGUGGGUCCCAGUUUGGCGACACAGCACCGACAUGUUUACUGCCAAGACACAAACGGCACCAAGCUCUCAUCCCGGAUGUGCAGCGCAUUCAGGAGGCCAAGCUCUGUCAAGAACUGCUCCACAGAGGCGUGCGCCCUCCGUUGGCACGUCGGCGCCUGGACACAGUGCACUGCCACCUGCGGCCGGCACGGUUUCCAAUCGCGCCAGGUGACCUGCAAACACCACCGCACCGGCAAGGCCACACGGGAACACCACUGCAUGUGGAGCCCUCGGCCUCCCAGCUGGCAGCGCUGCAACAUUCUGUCAUGCAGCAGAAGAGAGUGUCAAGACAGCACCAGGUACUGUGAGAAGGUCCGUCAGCUGGAGCUCUGCCCACUGCCCCAGUUUAAGAGGCGCUGCUGUGUGUCGUGCCGGAACACCUGAGGUGGCGGCGGUGGCGGCGUGGGAGUGCACACAAGUCCUGGAAUGUUUGGGGAAGGUCCCAGCAGAGACUCCAAAGCUUCGCCCUCUCCUGUCUUCAGUGACGGGUGUGGGAUGGAUGAUUGUAGAGGAACGUUUGAAUGUUUUUCGUUUUUCUCAUAACCAAAGUGGUUUUGACGUUCCCCCUUUUUUGCCAGUGUAAAACUGCACAACUGGGUUUCCUUCAUUGAGAGCGCCAAAAAAGGAAGAACCUCACUGUUUCUCCUCAAAAAUGUCCCUUUCGAAAAGAAACU